AUCAGAGACUCUCACACAGGCAAGGACAAGCGGCGCUCAACUCGCUCUCCUUUACAGUAAGGACGGGCUGGAAACUGUUCGGAAACCUUUCGCCAUCCUCCGAUAAUUUCUCCUCGGAUCGCCAAAACACGAAGAUUUAUCAUGUAAACAUUCAUCGGGGAUUUGGAGAUUACGUGUUCAAGAAGAUACCCCCAAACAACAUUUAACUUCAUCUGUAUUAUAUAGAGUUUUACUUCCUCGUUUUCCUGCCGUUAUACGCUUUAGGACGGAAUUACUUUUCUACGUUUAAACGUUCAGCAUGCUCCCGAAGAUUAGUGUACAAACUUCAGUUUUGGGAUUGGUUUAUUUUUAGAAAGGGCAAAUAUAACCGAUCGCAUGUUAUUAACUGAGAACUGAGCUAAACUGUUGAAUAAUUUACGAUUUAGUGAUCUCGGUUGAGACCUUUAUAUAAAUACAAAUAAUCUAAAUAACUUUUUUAUUAGAUGUUACAACUUUAUUAUUUAUAUAUAUAUAUAUAUAAUUCAAACAGUUUAUGACAAGUUUUGAACCUGGAAAUUAGUCAAUUAAUUAUUAAUUAUUAAUGUUCCCUGAAAGCAUAGCAAAUUGGAAAUACAUAGGUGAGACUGUAAAUAACACUUAAUCCAGCGACAUUAUUCGCCCUUUCGUGUGUUUUUCGACUUUAUUAAAUUAGACCUAUCUUUGAUUUGUAAAAUGCGCGAUGCAGCUGGGAACUUCAGUGUUUUGGACAGGACUUGUUCUCUGGUGGUGCUGCUGUGUUUCCUGCACAUCUCUGUCACUCUCAUAUACUAUAUUAGAAAUUCAGAUUCAAGGCAAACCUUCGUGCAAAACCAUCAAACCCCACAGAGCCACAGAAAACUGACCGAGCAGAGGGUCACUACAGAGGAAACCAGGCCGCCUUCUGUGUCUAAUGACACUGUGACAGAGAGAAAGCUGGAAACAUGUCCUGACAAUCCACCUAAACUGGUGGGUCCACUUCGGGUUGAGUUCUCUGACCCAGUCACCCUGGACCUGGUGAGGGAGCAGAACCCAGCAUUGCAGCCCGGUGGGCGAUUUAAACCCGAAGAAUGCAUUGCCCAGCAAAAGGUGGCCAUGAUCAUUCCCUUCAGGAACCGUGACGAGCACCUAAAGUUCUGGCUCUAUUACAUGCAUCCCAUCCUACAGCGUCAGCAACUGGACUACGGUGUCUACGUCAUCGUCCAGGACGGAGAUGAGUUGUUCAAUCGUGCCAAACUCCUCAACAUCGGUUAUGUAGAGACUCUGAAGGAGUACGACUACCAAUGUUUUGUCUUCAGUGAUGUUGAUCUCAUUCCCAUGGAUGAUCGCAACAUCUACAAGUGCUUCAGUCAGCCCAGGCAUCUGUCUGUAUCGAUGGACAAGUUUGGCUUCAGGUUGCCAUACACACAGUUCUUUGGAGGUGUGUCAUCUCUGAGCAAGGAACAGUAUCUCAAGAUCAACGGCUUCCCGAACAACUACUGGGGAUGGGGAGGAGAAGAUGAUGACAUUUUUAACAGGAUUAGUUUCAAAGGGAUGUCCGUAUCAAGGCCUGAUGGGGUGAUUGGGAGGUGUAGAAUGAUUCGUCACAAUCGGGACGAUAAAAACGACCCCAAUCCUCAGAGGUUUGACCAAAUAGCUCACACAAGGCAAACAAUGGGACAAGAUGGAAUCAGUUCACUGUCAUAUAAGGUUCUUAAAGUGGAAAAAAACCAGCUAUUCACCAAAAUCACAGUGGAUGUAGGAAAACCAUGAGAUUAUACCAACAAAAAACAGUGAAACAGCAAGGCUGGCUGUAGACACCAAAUGUGCCUUGACUUUCAAGUGAAAUGGCCGAUUUUCAAAGUGGAGUCUAUAUUUCUAAAAAGACAUUUAAGUGUAGCAGUUUUUGCCAUCUUUGCAUAUUUGAUGGUGAAAACAGGGGUCCGAACCCCAGUUAAAAAGAGACGCGUGAGGGUCUUGGAUGCUUCUGCUGAGAAAAGAAUGAUCUCUUGAGCCAUUGACAAAAGCAGCAUGCAAACUGCUGAUGCAAUGUCCUUUUGGUGGGACAUGUAAACAAUGUGAGUUGCAAUGUAUGGAAUUAUUUCUUUCUCUGGAAUCAUAGUCUUCAAAAGCAAAUAUUUGAUGGAUCGAUUCUGCUAAUCUGCAAUGCAAUUUGUUUUUUUUGUUUUCUUUUGACGAAUGCCAAUUAAAGGCUGAGGAUUUAUGUGUGUCUAUGAGCAUGUACCAGCAAACUGCCAUUUUUGGCCUGUCACAUUUGGAUUUGCUGUACCAGGUAUUUGUACUUUAAAGGGCCGCCUCCUUCUUCUUCCAAGUGUUUUAAUACAAAAUGGACCAAUAUCCUGUUUGCUGAAGCACCAAAGUGGCAGCCAUGCAUUAUUAUAUCUUAAGUGGCAAGAAAUUACCCCUUCUUUGUGGUGUGUUAAAUAGAUAGUUCACCCAAAAUCUAGAAUUCUGUUAUCAUUUACUCCUUAUUUUUUUCCAAACCCGUAUGACUUUCUUUCUCCCAUAGAACACAUAAUAAUAGUGUUUUUUUUCUCAUACAGUUAUAAAGAAUGGGGACUGGAGCUUUCAAACCUCCAAACGGAUGCAAAAGCACCUUAAAAGUUUCUAUACGAAUCGUGCAAUUAAUAUAUAAUUCUUCUGGAGCCAUACUAUAGAUCUGUGAGGAACAGACUGAAAUGUAAGCAUAUAAGUUGUGACUUUUUUGUAAUUGUGUGGGGAAAGAAAACUAGUACAUUCUUCAAAAUUAUACCUUAUGUGUUCCAUGGUAGAAACAAAGUCAGGUUAAAUAUGGAUUGUGAUGAUAUGAGGGUGAGUAAAUGAUGACAGAAUUUGAAUUUGUUGGUGAACUAUUCCUCUAAUAUCUUUGCUGUAUAUUUUGUUUUCUAGCAAAUCAAUCAAAUCAAAUGCAGCACUUUUCAGGUUAAGGUUUCUGGUUUGUUCUGUUCUCUUCUAUUGUUGUGUUGUAGAGUCCUUUAUUGCAUAGUGAAAUUCUCAGAUAUAUGCUGACUGCAUAAGGGCACAAGUAUAUCCCAGCUCUCCACUGUAAUGGAAACCAAAAGCCAUUGAGAACUUUGCUGGAACUGACCUGUUGAUACUUGUAUUUUUCUUUUUUCUUUUGUGUGUUGGUCUGCUUUUAAAUACUUCAUUUGAACAAAGAAAACAAAGUUUGGUUAUAAUUGUAAAACCUGUCAGUGGAAACCAAAAAUGCCUUUCAACUCUGUCAGGGGCUGAAGUGCUGGCCGAGCAAAUGAAUGUAUGUCAGCUGUUUGCUCAAGUGCUUUUCAAGAUGGCUACUAGCUACCUAUGUACAGAAUAUGUAAGUCGCACAGCCAAAUGUGAGGGAUUUUUUUCCUAUGUGCCGAGCAUCCCAAACGGCCCAUAGAUUUUCUUUCUGGCUUCAAAACUCUCCCGUGACUUAUAAAAACUCCUUUGCACCAGAAAGAAAACUACCUCUCUGCACGGCACAGCACUCACAAACCAAGAGAUUAGCGCUAAUGCUGUCUCUUCAUUCAAGUCAAACCAAAUGCUUUGGCAAAUGAUCUUUGUUUUUUCAGUUAAAAGGUUUGAAAUCUGUUUGGACAAUGGCCUUUGUUUGAGAACCAGCACAUACUUAAGUUUCAAGGGUUUUUUUGUGUUUCUUUUCCUCUUUUUUUUUUUUUCCCAA